GAACCACCUCCUUCUUCACCUCUGGCGCCAUCGCAAUCAUCUCCGUCUUAAUCUCCGUCGGCUGACGACACGCCUCCAAUUCCUUCUCUAGCACCGUCAAAUUCAAGCGAUGUCAACCACAGCAACCUCGGACGGAGAUGGAGCUAAAAACUCCUCUGGCAGAAUGAGCCCGGCAAAGAAGGCAGAGAUCGUUGGAUAACAUUCGUCAAUCUCGGACGGAGAUGGAGCUAAGAACUCCUCUUAUUACUGUUCUUGGAUUUAGAUUCUCAGUGAUCUAGGUUAUUGGUGGACAAGUGGCUUAGCUUCUUCCUAAAGUUAUUGAAGAGCUUUAUGAGGUUGAUAUGCAUUUGGAAGAACUCUAAGAAAUGGUUGUUCAGAAGUGCAGAAAAAUGUCGAUUGAAGAGAAGAGAAAACUUGGGGUAGCCCUUGCCAUAUUGUCGCCUGAUGAUCUCAGCAAGGCAUUAGAUAUUGUUGCACAAAAUAAUCCAGGUUUCCAGGCUACUGCUGAUGAGGUGGACCUUGACAUUGAUGCUCAAGUAAUCAUUUUAAUUAUUGAUCAAUUGGGACUGAUACACACCAAUGCCAGGUAUUUCCUUAUGCCUUUGCGAUUGUUUUCGGUGAAAUUGUGAACAAUUGGAUGUGGUUUCUGCAAAAGAUAUCAAAUGUCUUGCUGGGCUUUUUUGGGU